CAAGUCCACAGUCUAGCAGAAUCUACAGAGAGUCCUAGGCUCCGAAAGGCAGACAUGGACAAGUACGACGGAGAACCGAGUCCCAGAGAGCGAGAACGGCUGAAGAUCCGCCGGGACAGCGACUCCAAGGCGGCACAACUGGCCAAGAUGGAGAAGUUGAUGCAGCAGACCAAAGACCUGAUGGACAAAAGGACAGAGUCCGGGUCGGAGAAGGUCCAAGAGAACCUGGUGGAGGACCUGGAGGAGAAGGUGCGCUCCAGCCGGCGUCACAGGAGGAACUCUCUGCACCAGACUCAGAUGCUGGAGAGCCAGAUGAAGACGGUGAAGGGGGAGCUGGUGGGGACCCUGGACCACCUCCAGGAGCUGCGCAACGUCCUGCAGCGCUCGCAGCAGAAGGCAGAGGAGCGCAAGGCGGCCAUGGAGAAACUGGCGGCCGGCCUCAGGUGAACACCAGGAGCGUCUGGGACUUACCUACUCACUUACUUACUUACUUACUUACCACCGCGGACUUUUGCCACAAACCUUAUUUUGGAGAAAUAAAUGCAACCAAAGACA